AUGCCGUAUUCUCCUGCAACCCUCGUAGAAAUUGAUCCAUCUUGCUCUCCCGGCUUCGCCAUAUGGAUGUCCCAGACUUGGCUGCUUUAUUUUGGUAUCCGAGAGCCACACAUCCCAGGCAGGGUGUUGCGCCAGUUCGGCUUCUUGCAGCAGUUGCCUGACAACACUUUCAUCAUGGAGAAAAAAGAAAUAGAAAAGUUGCAUAAGGAGACGCGUGGUAAGAAAUGUCGAGAUGACGUCUUACAGAGGUGGGAGACUCGACACAACACCCUUGCAGGUCUUCAGACGGAUAUGACUCUUGAACCCCAGGCAGCACCGGAAUACCUAGUGUGGUAUCAAAAUCGCACUGUCACUUUGGUCACCAAUCCAUCAGACUAUCGUCAGUCCCAUGAUUUUCAGGGAUCUGCUGAGUCACUACAUAUAAUGGAAGAUGAUCAGGAUCAUGAGGAUAAUCGGGAUCAGGAGCAUGAUGAUGAGAGCACCAAUGAUUCUGAUUAUGAUGAGCAUUCCUCUCAUGAUCAUGAUGAGGGCGCUGAUCAGGCACAACAAAUCAAAUCAUGUCCAUCGUUACUUGCCCAUUGUCCACCACAACCGUCGAGAAAGAAGUCAAAAGGGGAGCUCCAAAUUAAGGUUUCUAGACAACACUGGGGAGUUAUAAUUCGAAGGGCGAGUGGUCACGUCCCCCUUACACAAAUUAUGGUUAGGGAUUCUGAAGGGAAAACUGUUCUAGACUUUGUUUCCACCAUAGACUCGAUGGAUAAGGUAGAAUAUCUCAGAUCCAAGUAUGACUUCCCCUCCGCCUUACAGGCGAGAGCUCCGUUAGGAAACGAGAGGGCCAACUCUCCUCCAAGGGGAAGAAUUACUGUGUAUGAUCGAUUUAUACAUCUAGGGCUUAGAUUUCCCCUUUACCCCCUAUUUGAGGAGAUUGUUCAAUAUUAUAGGACCCCUCUCGCUCGUUUUACCCCAAAUUUAAUUACAUUUGUACUGGAGUUUGCGAGAGUGUGCCAAUAUGUAAAGGUGGUACCUCGAUUGAUACUAUGGAGGUACUUUUUCCAAGUAGUUGUGGCCUCGACUUCUUUCCAAGAUUGGUAUAUAGUUAAAAGACGCCUUAGGGCCGGUGUGAAGAAAAUGGUCGAGGCGUACGGCGGUUCUCCGGAAUGGAAAUCGGAUUUUGUGUUUGUAAAGGUGCCUGCAAGUUAUUGUCUGCCAUGGAAUCUCCGUGAGACAAAGGGCCUUGGGGCCAUAAAAGACGAAUGGACCCAAGAGGAUGAAGAGUGUGUCGAGGAGUUCCAGGCAGAUGUUGAGAAAAUUCUGAAGUGCGCGAACGUCGUUAAGUGGAACGACGUCCAAUACUAUGUGCCCCCUGCAUAUGUGAAGGAAGGUGAUAUGGUCAUGUCGUCGAGCAAUGUUGGGUCUCGAUUGUUUGGUGACGAAGAUCCUUUUGUCAUUGUGAAUUCAAAUGAGGACGUUACCAUUACUGCUGCCCCCCAGAAGAAGAAGAAGAAAAGGAUCGUGAAGGUGGGUGAUAGGUCAAAGCCCAAAAAGGCCAAGAUGGAUGUGCCCCCGAAGGAAACUGCCCAACCAAGCGUCGAGACAGUGCCCGUUACCACUGAGUCCAUGCAGAAAACUGUACCGGAGACAGGGCCAAGCAGAGUUCCUCCCGAGAUGAGUGCAGCCUCGAUGGGCUACUUAGUGCAGUUGAGGAAACUUCGAGAGGACCUGGUAGCAGCAAGGGCAGAAAGGGAUGAGGCGUUGUUCGAGGUGGUUACCCUCGAGGAGAAGGUUCGCCAAGUUCAGGCCAAGGAAGCAGAGAUUGUCGAGGUGCUGGCCAAAUACGAUGAGCUCGACGAGAAGAUGAAGUCGUUUGCCGGCCUGCAUAUCUCCAAGGAGGAGCUCCACCAGUGGUGUACCGCCUUUAUGUAUAGAAUGAUGUCCACAGGGGGAAUGGCGGCAGCUCUCGAGGAGGUGAACUUGGUUGCCACCAAGUGUGGUGCGCACCGAGUGGGCGUGGCAGGGCUGAGGAUGCUCGACCAGGAUAGGCCAAUUAAGGCCAAAUGGUUUAAGCAACUCUUGAUGAAGGACUCAAAGAAAACCAUGUACGAGGCCAUGGUGAAGGUCUUGACGAGAUUGAGCCUUGAGCAGCUCCCUCUGUGGGGAGCUUUGACCUGUGCCAUGCCCAAGAUGAGUUCCCCAACGGAGAUUGCCUCGUUUCCAGGCGACGUCCCUGCUGUCCUCGCCAAGGGUCCGAGUGAGGAAGACCCCAUCCCCGAGGUUCCUGACGAGUAUGUGGACAUCGAGCUCGAGGAUGCUGAUGAGGAAACUGAGGAGGAUGUUGCUGAUACCGAUCACUCCGGAGUUCAGAGAAACGCUGAGGAUGCCUCUCAGGCCCCUUCCAAGGACCCUUCCAAUGAUCCUUCCAAUGAUCCUCUCCCAGGCAGUGAUGCUGUAUGA